CGCCCUCCCGUCUCCAUGGAGACGGAGCGCCCGAGGCCUGCCCGUCUUGGCCCCGACCGUGACAUGGCCGGAGCGCCGCCGCCGCCGCCGCCGCCGCCGCCACCCGAGACCGGGCUGCAGACGCAGAUCGUGGAGAACCAGCCUUACGACGAGAGCCUGGACGUCAACGAGACGGAGGACGUGGCCAGCCUCUACGCGCCCAGCCCGCCGCAGCCAGGCCCGCGGCCCGUGCGCGCCCACCGCAAGAGCCUGGCCGAGAACAGCAGCGAGGACGACGACGACGACGAGGCGAUCCUGAAGGAGAAGAAGGGCGCCCAACUGGGGGCCCAGCGGCGAUUCAGCGGGAACGAAGUGGAGGACGAGGACGACGAUUCCUCGGAAACAGACUCUGACGACGACGACGACGACGAUGAACACGGCGCUCCUCUGGAGGGGGCGUACAACUCAGCAGAUUACGACUACCUGCCGGUCUCCCUGGAGGUGAAAGAGCUUUUCCAGUACAUCCGGAGGUAUUCCUCGCAGAUGAUCGACCUGGAGCACAAGCUGAAGCCUUUCAUUCCAGACUUCAUUCCCGCGGUUGGAGACAUUGAUGCCUUCUUAAAGGUGCCGCGCCCCGACGGGAAGCCGGACAACCUGGGCUUGUUGGUGUUGGACGAGCCGUCGACCCGGCAGUCGGAUCCCACGGUGCUCUCCCUCUGGCUGACGGAAAACUCCAAGCAGCACAACGUGGCUCAGCAGGUGAAAGUGAAGAGCCUGGAGAAUGCCGAGAAGAACCCCAAAGCCAUCGACAGCUGGAUCGAGAGCAUCAGCGAGCUCCACCGCUGCAAGGCCCCCGCCACCGUCCACUAUGCCAGGCCCAUGCCUGACAUCGACACCCUGAUGCAGGAGUGGUCCCCAGAGUUUGAAGAGUUACUGGGAAAGGUGGGUCUCCCCACUGCUGACAUCGACUGCAGCCUGGCUGAAUACACGGACAUGGUCUGUGCUAUUCUGGACAUUCCCGUCUACAAGGGCCACAUCCAGCCCUUGCACACCCUCUUCUCGCUAUACUCUGAAUUCAAAAACUCACAGCAUUUCAAGGCCCUGGCUGAGGGCAAGGCGGCUGCAAGGCCUUCCUCCAACCCCCCCUCGCAGGCCAGGGAGACGGACCUCCUGAGCUUCACCUGAGACCGCCACCUGCCCCAGGAGGGGAUCCUCUCAAGAGCACCACCUGCCUCGAGUCCAGAGGUGGUGGCCUCGUUGGGGGAGUGCUGCUGCAGGAGCUACAAGGCCAAGGCGGGGGGGGGCAGCCGCGAGGGCCCCCCGGCAGCUGCAGGGGGACUGGCCGGGCAGGCUGCCAGAAGGCAGACGUUCAGCACCUUCUCCUUCGUUGGCUUCAGUAAAGUUUUGCUCUUACUA